AUGCACAAAAUCCCCCUCGAAUCGCUCAAAACCAACACCAACUAUCUGAAAUCAUGCAUUCUCUAUGAGGUGCUCAGCGAGAAACCAAUUUCUGAUUGCUAUCGCCACUUUUGUAAGAGAAAUGGAGAGGAUGCCAUGGGAUACGGCGAUUUUGAAUACUAUUAUUAUCGAUUUUACAGUGGAGACGUGGAUAUUGAGCAUGAGAGAAGAAUCGAUUUCAACGAGAAGACGUUGACAGGGUUGCCGUUGGAGAUACUCGGAAUGAUUACUGGAUAUUUGGAACCAGAAGAGAGAGUUCACUUGCGUCUCACGUCCAAGAUAUUCAAAACGAUUGUCGACACGGAACCUGUCACUUUCGAGCAAAUUGCUGCAGAGUGGACACCCGACGUCUUCCGUUCAUAUAUUAAUGACAAUUAUUUCGAAUAUAAAAUUGCCAAUGGCCGCUUCAUUCGAGAUGGUUAUGCUGAUGAAAGUUCAGAAAGUGCAUUCGAUCGUUUCGCACAAGUCUUGAAACAUCCGAAACUACGAGUUGAUCGUCUAUUCCUGAAGUUCUCAAAUGACGUGCUUCCAGAAGAAAAAGAACAAUUUUUGAAAAGUUUUCCACAUUCAUUUCAUUUGAAGACAGCGGUUAUUCAAGGAAGUGUUGAGGAAACACUGACGAUUUUGUCUCGCUUGAAACCCGUUGUCUUGAAGAGAAUUGAAGUAACGGGGUGUCCUCGAGAACUAGCUCCAGUUUUCGAAUCGGCACAUUGGAAGCAGGCAGAGCAGACUCACGUGAACUCGACGCAAAUGACUUCGAAGUCAUUUCCACUGUUCUACAACUUAAGUUAUUUUCAUAUUAAUGUCACGUCAAUGGAAUUGAAUGAUUUACAUCUUUUGAUAGCUAACGUUGCCAAAAACCCAUCUUUUCAAUUUUGCUUCGUAAAAGCUGUCACUGUCACGUCUCUUGAGCUUGUGGAACCAUUUCCUAUGCAAGAAAGAAUGGAGAACGAUGGAAGUCUCAGACUUCGUUAUCAGAUUCCGGAUUCUAGUCACUAUUUGGAAAUAUACAAGGGAAAUAAUAGCGUUUUCUGUAUUCAAAAAAAUUGA